UGAUUUACUCAUCCUCAGGAGCUAUAAAAGCCUCUGGCUGCAUGACAGAAGGCACCGUUAGGUCCAAGAACCCCAGGAGUUAAGGUUGAUCUUCCUCAUCUGCAGCCAUGAAAUUCUCCCUUGUUGCCGCUCUUGUCGUUGUGCUGGCUGUUGCCCAUGGCACUGAGGCCGUGUCACUGGUGAAGCGUGAUGUGCAGGCCGACGUGGACAAGAUCACCAAGAUUAUCAAUGACAUGUCUGCCAGCAUCACCACCGCAACCCAGGACAUGGUGGAGAAGGUGAAGGCUCUUGAGGUGACCAACACUGCCCAGACUUACAUGGAGGACAGCAGGGCCAAGAUCCAGCCUCUGGUUGAGAAGGUCCAGGCCGAGGCCGCCAAGCUGCAGGAGCAGGUCAAGCCCUUCAUCGCCAACAUUGAGGAUCAGAUCAAGCCCCUGACUGACAACUUCAACACUCAGGUCAGGCCUCUGACCGACAACUUCCACGCCCAGGUCAAGCCUCUGACUGACAUGAUGGAGAAGUUCUUCCAGCAGGUGAUGGACCAGACCAAGGCUCUGAUGCCCCCCCAGUAAAGCUUGCUCCUGGUUAGUUCCAGCUGCAGUAACACCCAAACCGGGCUAGUGCUCAUGUCUGGCUCUGCCCAAAAUGCUUCAUUGGUGUUUGUCUGUCAUACUCCUCUGUCUUAAAGUCAUCUGAGAUGUGGUGCUUGAAUGUCAUCAUUAAAAGGGGUUUGAAAGUCA